AAAAUGAAAAGAAGCCGGCAAUGCUCUCUGCAUGGUUUUCUGCUUGAUGGAUAAGCUCAUGAGUUGUAUUCUGAUUUGUAGUUGAUCUUCUUGGGUUAGCUUCCAUGGUGGCUCUAUAAAUAGCACAUUGGUGCUCUACCAUAUCAACUCGUAUAGAGAGCACAGUAUCUUUCACCAGUAAGGUCUAGUGAUGGCUCACAACAUAACCAAGCCUGAGAUUUUCGACGACGAACGCUUCCGUGACGAAGAAUGUGGAGGUGGAAUGUUGCAGGAGGAGGACCAAGCACAGUUCCUUGCUAGGCUGAGGUCUCGGCUGGAUAGUCUGGAUAUUGCUCUGCCGAAGAUCGAAAUUCGAUUUGAGGAGCUCACUGUGGAAGCUCAGGAACAUGAUGCAGGAAGAAGAGCUCUUCCCAAUCUCUGGAAUACUACAGUUAACUUUAUGCAGGAAAAGCUGAUGAGCUGCGUUCAAAUUUUUGGGGACAAGAGGAGGACUGUGAAACUCUUGGACGACUUAUCAGGCAGCAUCAAGCCAUCUCGGAUGGUUCUUGUCCUGGGACGGCCUGGUUCAGGAAAGACAACCCUACUUCGAGCACUGGCUGGAAAGCUGGAACCAGGUGUGAAGGUCAAAGGGAGGGUGACAUACAACGGUUCGGAUGUGAACGGGUCGGUGCCGAAGCAGGCAAGCGCAUACGUGGGCCAGUAUGACUGUCACCAGGCCGAGCUCACCGUCAGCGAGACGCUCGACUUCUCGCACGGUUUGUUUGGUGGUGCCUGCACACUUUCUGAAAUUCUCCAUGAAAUUUCAAUAAGAGAAAAAGAAACGGGGGCCAGACCUGAUCCCACAAUUGAUAAUCUUAUUAAGGCUGCCGAAGCAAAUGGAAGGGACGUAGUCACGCAUUACAUGAUCGAGAUGCUUGGCCUCUCUACUUGUGCACAUACAAUCGUAGGUGACCACAUGAGAAGAGGGAUCUCAGGAGGCCAGAUAAAGCGCCUUAGCAUUGGGGAGAUGUUGGUUGGCCCUGCCAGAGCCUUCUUCAUGGACGAGAUAUCGAACGGUUUGGACAGUUCCACAACGUAUAAGAUUGUCGGUUUUCUCAGGGAGAUGGCUCAUCUCAUGGAUACAACGGUGGUGGUCACACUGCUGCAACCAUCGCCGGAAACUUUUGAGCUCUUUGACGACAUCAUACUCUUAGGCGAAGGGAAGAUCAUGUACCAAGGUCCAAGGGAGAAGGCCCUCGAUUUUUUUGAGUCCAUGGGAUUCGAGUGCCCCCUUCAAAAGAACGUGCCUGAUUUCCUCUUAGAGGUGACCUCUGGAAUGCAUCUGCCACAAUACUGGACUGGCAAGAACCAACGCUACAAGCAUGUUAUAUGCCGUGAAUUUGCAAAGUCCUUCAAGUCAUACAAUAUGGAUCAGUUUCAUUAUGCUGAGCUACAAAAAUCUGCAUGUAAAGGAGAACUGAUGGCUUUGCAAUCAGGGCCACCAGUUGUAAGGAAGAGGGACAAAUUGAAGAUAAGUUUGUCAAGGGAACUGCUGCUGCUGAAGAGGAACAGUGCAGCAUACAUAUUCAAAUCUGUGCAAAUCUUGCUGUUGGCUGCUAUUGUAACAGCAACCUUCUCUCGGGGGAAGGAGGAGAUGUCGAUUGAGGAUGAUCUUACCAGGUUGCUGGGCGCCAUCUAUGCUGGUGUAGUAGUGCUGAUGUUCAAUGGUGUGGUUGAACUCACCAUGAUGAUCAUGAGGCUGCCUGUGUUCUAUAAGCAGAGAGAUUUGCAGUCUUACCCGGGAUGGGCUUUCUUACUACCAGCGGCAUUUCUUCACAUACCCAUUACUUUGUUUGAAUCUACCAUGUGGGUGCUGGUAACCUACUUUUCUAUUGGUUUCUCUCGCUCUCCAACCAGGCUGUUCCAGCUAUUCUUGGCAUGUUGUUGCAUACAAGAAUCUUCUGUUGCUCUUAAUCGCUUCAUUGCUGCAAUUGCAAGGACCCAAGUUGUGGCCAAUAUAAUAGCUACUGCCAUCCUUGUCACAGUUCUCGUUCUUGGUGGCUUUGUUAUUUCUAAAGAUGAUAUCCAUCCAUGGUGGAUUUGGGGUUUCUGGGCAUCUCCUGCAACAUAUGCUCAAAAUGCCAUAGCUGUUAAUGAGUUCCUGGAUGAAAGAUGGAGCAUGCCAAUUACAUUGAGUGCCACAGAUGGAGAGUCAAUUGGCAAGACUUUCCUCAAAAUAAGAGGAAUGUUUACAGAGUCAUAUUUGUUUUGGGUCAGCAUUGGAGCCCUCUGUGGCUUCUGCCUGUUCUUCAACAUGCUUAGUGCAAUUGCGUUGACCUAUCUCAAGGCUCCACAAAAGGCUCAUGCAAAUUUUGCAACUACGGCUGAUAAUGUUAAAGUGCAUGCCCAACAUGGUACCAGCCCCUUAUGCUUGAUGAAUGGAUCCCCUGAGUGGCAGACGUUGUUACCUGUCCAACAUUUCACUCUUGUUUUCAAGAAUAUAGACUACUACGUCGACAUGCCUUCGGAAAUGAGGAAAUAUGGAUCAAGGGAGAAGAGGCUCCAGUUGUUGAAAAAUGUUAGCGGUGCCUUCAGACCUGGUUCCCUUACAGCACUAAUGGGAGAGACUGGUGCUGGUAAGACCACAUUAUUGGAUGUUUUGGCAGGAAGAAAGACUGGAGGAAUCAUAGAGGGAAAGGUUUCCAUUGCUGGCCAUCCAAAGAAGCAAGAAACUUUUUCCAGGGUCUUUGGCUAUUGCGAGCAGAAUGAUCUGCAUUCUCCUUACAUUACUGUUCAUGAAUCCCUUCUUUUUUCUGCAUCACUUCGACUGCCUUUGGAGGUCACAUCUGAAACUAAAAAUAGGUUCGUGGAUGACGUAAUGGAGUUAGUGGAGUUGAAGGGAAUGAAGGGUUCGUUAGUGGGUGUUUCUGGAGCAUUUGGUCUCAGUACCGACCAACGCAAGCGCCUUACCAUAGCCGUGGAAUUGGUGGCUAAUCCCUCCAUAAUCUUCAUGGAUGAACCAACAACAGGGCUUGAUACACCGGCAGCCAGCAUUGUCAUGAGAGCAAUUAGGAGAGCUGCUGAUACUGGUCGUACAGUCGUUUGCACGAUUCACCAACCUAACAUACAGACUUUUGAAACAUUUGAUGAGCUCUUGCUUAUGAAAAGAGGAGGGCAGCUCAUUUACAGCGGACCUCUGGGUAGUUCAGCACAGAAUAUGAUUAAAUAUUUUGAAUCAAUUCCAGGAGUCCCCAGUAUGAGAAAUGGAUCCAAUCCUGCUGCAUGGAUGUUGGAUGUUACAUCUACUGAUAUGGAAUUUGAUCUUGGAAUAGAUUUUUCUGAACAUUAUUGCCAUUCCUCUCUGCACAAGGAAAACAUGCAACUGAUUCAGGAAUUGAGCUUAGCUUCACCAGGUUCAGAAGAGCUUAAGUUCACAUCAAAAUAUGCACAGAGUUUUAAGACCCAAUGCAUUGCUUGUUACCUAAAACAACAGUGGUCUUACUGGAGGAACUCUGAACAAAACCUCAACCGAAUUCUUAUCACGCUUAUCAUUUCUCUUCUCUUUGGCACCAUGUUUUGGAACAUUGGUUUAAAGCUACAAAAAGAGCAGGAUUUGUUUGACAUACUUGGCGUACUGUAUGUAUCUGCUCUGUUCUUGGGGUUCGUCAACUGCUCUUCAGUCCAACCGAUUGUGUGGCUUGAGAGAAGUGUUUUUUAUAGAGAAAGGUCGUCUGGGAUGUACUCAGCCAUGCCCUAUGCCAUUGCUCAGGUAGGCGCAGAGAUCCCUUAUAUCAUAGUUCAAGUGAUACUUUUUUCUUUUAUUGUAUACUCGAUGGUUGGGUUCCAGUGGACACUUAUAAAGUUUAGUUGGUUCAUAUCCUUCAUCUUCUUGGGCUUCAUAUACUUCACUCUUCUUGGGAUGAUGCUGGUAUCUUGUAUGCCUAGCCUUGAGUUGGCAGGAGCUCUCUCUUUCUUCUUCUUCGUAUUGUGGAACCUUUUCUCAGGUUUCUUCAUCCCCAUGCCGAUUAUGCGUUCCUGGACCAGAUGGUACUAUUGGUUGGACCCUGCUGCAUGGACUGUUUAUGGCCUCAUGGUGACCCAAUUGAAAGAUCGGCCAGAGAUUGUGCAGAUGUUUGACCAGCAAGGGCAGACAGCUAGAGAGUUCAUGGGGGACUACCUGGGAUUGAAGGGCGAUUUCAUCUUUCCCAUUCUUGGACUUCAUUUUGCAGCCAUCUUUACGUUCCUCUUUGUUUUUGCCUUCAGCAUCAAGUACCUCAAUUUCCAAAGGAGAUGAGGCACCAAUAUCGUGCUUAAAUCUUGUGUUCGCAAGUGUAUUAAAAUGAUAGUUGGGGUCCCUGUUAUGUAUUUUUGGUUUCCGGCCACACUGUACAUAGGAAGAUCUGGAAAGAGCAUUUCUGCUUCGUUAGUCACCGUCAUUAAGCCUUAAUGGUGAUCCCCAUUUUUCGCCGGAAAUUUUUAGUAAUUUCCUGCCCUUCAUAUGUGUACAAAUGUAAAGAUUCAAUUGAUUCAUCAAUAUCCAUUUAGUAAA